CCCCUUUCUCCUUCUCCGAGCGGUUCAAGCGAGAGCGGGAGGGCAGAGUCGCUCUCACUCGAGAGUCGCGCGGGGCAGAGCGCGCAGCUAUCAUGUCCGGCUCCGGCAGCGACCGCGGCGACGCACCUCGGCGCUCCCGAAGCCAGCAGCUCGGCUCCCCCGACGGCGGCACUCCUCGACGCCGGGCGCGAGCGGGCGACGGGCGAGGCAGCGAAGAAGAGGACGGGGCGGCCGGAGGAGCAGCGGGAGCGGAGGGCGCCUUGCCGGGGCCGUCGGGCGGCGACGGGGCGGACGAAGCGACGCGGCGGCUGCUCCGCCAGCAGUACCGGGAGCUCAUCUCCUCCGUGCAGCGUAGGUGCCGGGCAGAAGAGGGGAGGCGGGGAAGCUUCGCUGCAGGCGCCGGGCUCCUCUAGUCCCCCGACCCCCUCGUCGGUCCCGGGGGUCGUGCCUCCCACGCGCCCUAGGGAAAAGUUGGCGUGACCCCUCGGCGGUAGUUGUAUGACUGGUAGGGAAAUGGGGUGGGGGGCUGCUGGUCUUGUGGCCACAUAAGGGAAGGAGCCCAUAUGCCCUCCCCCCCCCAUGGUCCAGCUCCCUCUUCUCACAACGGUCCGCCACGAAGGCGUGGGAGAGUUGGCCGCCCCUGCAGGGACCCGACCCCCCUCUUCGCACUCUCACUUUCUCCCUUCUGCGUCGUAAGUUGGAAUAGCAAUUCGUACUGUACUCCCCAUCGGCCAUGGGGAAAAUUGUUUUUUUGUGCUUCAUUGAUGCGUGGCUUUUGUGUCGUGGCUCGCGACGGAAAGGGUGCAAAACGCAGCUCUUCCGUUGCUGCGGGUAGUACGGAGGAGAAACCGAAAAUGAAAGUUUGCAUAUCCUCGAGUGUGCUCUGGAACGGAAUGCCCCACUUGGGACGAAAUAGUGAUAUGUUAAUCCCCCUGUUUCUUUUCAAUCUCACGGCUUUUAUAAUUUCUUUACAACCUUGCCUUAUUUACUUUAUUCAUCAAAUAGCGCCAAUUAAAUGCAUAUUUUCUUUCAACCCACUGGCAGCUUUUCUCAUGCUCUUCUUUAGGAAUUCUCAUGAAAUCCUAAUCCUAAAUGUUAUGGCCUCCCAAGGUUAUUUUAAUACCCGCGCUAGCAAGUAUUGAGAGUGGUGCUUCUUCAGUUACCUGGUUUCCAACCUGCGUAUGCUUGUUCUAAAUGUAGGUGCUGUUAGGUUGAUGAUUCUAGAGCUGUGGCUGUGGUUAGAACAUGCAUAAAGUUAAACAAGCUGUAAGUCAAGAGGUACGAUUUAGAGCUGUACCUGACUUGCAUUCAUAUUUACUUGAGGGGUAUAUUUUGGAUUAUGUGUUUUUAUUUUGUUUUCGUUUUCCUUUAAAAGCACAUUACUUAUGCUUGAUUUUUAUUCUAGAGAAUCGUGAAAUGAUGCUGAGCACCAGAAAUGAUAAACUCACAGAGGCUUUGGAAGAUGCGAAUAGACUAUUUACAGGAGGUAAGAUGGUGGUAGCCCACAAUGGAUACUUAUAUUUACUUCUCUCGCCUCCCCACCCACUUUACAUUUGGAAAUGGUGCUUGAAAUAAAAUAGUGCUUGAAAUAAAAAGUAACUAAUAUUUUGUCUCGUGUCAAAUAGAACUGAACUUAAUUUUUAUUUUUUUUAACUAAAGUCAACAUCCUUAGGGGAGAGACAGUGUAAGCAAUCUUUUCAAGGAUGCUGGCUCUAGCUUUCUGCAUUCCUUAGAUAACAGCAGGAAUAGGAGUGUGAAGGCCUGGGAAAAAGCGGGGGCAGAGGAGGGUAGCUGUUCUUUUCUGUUUUCAAGGCCUUUGAAGUUUCUCAUUUCUCUGAAACAUUAUCUUUCUGGCUCUUUGGUUCUGUGCCUGUUGAUAGAGUACGACUGAUACAUGUACAAAUAAUUGUACUCUAACCAGAUGUCUUCAGGGGCUCCCUUCCUACUGACUUGGAAAACUGUAACCAUUCUUGAAUUGGAAUGUUAGGUUGAUUUAGGAACAAUUACAAGGUAGCUUCCAUUGCCUGGCAUCCUCUUGUUGCUUCAUAUAUCAAUGCCAAUUUUAUUUAUAUGCCAUCUUCUCAUAGUUGGUGCGCAAGACAGUUUACAGUGGUGCCUCGCAAGACGAAAUUAAUCCGUUCCACGAGAGUCUUCGUCUAGCGGUUUUUUCGUCUUGCGAAGCAAGCCCAUUGACGGAUUAGCGCUAUUAGCGCUAUUAGCGGUUUAGCGGCUAUUAAAGGCUUAAAGGCUUAGGGGAUUGGCUGCUAAAAGGCUAUUAAAGGCUCUUAAAGGCUUAGCAGAUUAGAUAAAGGGGGAAAAGCGGAAAAAAAUCUCAAGACUCGCAAGAUAUUUUCGUCUUGCGAAGCAAGCCCAUAGGGGAAUUCGUCCUGCGAAGCAACUUCAAAACGGAAAACCCUUUCGUCUAGCGGUUUUUCCGUCUUGCGAGGCAUUCGUCUUGCGGGGCACCACUGUAUAUGAAAAAUAGCAUACGAAGCAGCUCAUAUGGCAUUAUCAGCGCCACGCUCUAUCCAAGGUUGAAGGUUCAGUCCCCUGUAUGGAAGAGCUGCAUAUUCCUGCAUUGCAGGGGGUUGGACUAGGUCAGGCUUCCCCAAACUCAGCCCUUCAGAUGUUUUGGGACUACAACUCCCAUCAUCCCUAGCUAACAGAACCAGUGGUCAGGGAUGAUGGGAACUGUAGUCCCAAAACAUCUGGAGGGCCGAGUUUGGGGGUGCCUGGACUAGAUGAUCCUUGGGGUCCUUUCCAACUCUACAGUUCUGUGAUUCUAUGAAUAUAAAUACAAACAUGAACAGCAAAAAACAAUCCACAGAAUCUCAAAACAAUGCAAUAAAUUCAUAGCACAGUAAUAUUCAGUAUACCUAUCAAUAUACAGUGGUACCUCUACUUAUGGAUGCGAUCUGUUCCGGGGUGCCGUUCGCACCCUGAAAAGUCCAUAAGUAGAGCGGCGCUUCUGUGCGUGCAUGUGAUGCAAUAGAGCGCUCCUGCGCAUGCGCAAAGCACGCAGAGUGCUCGUGCGCAAAGCGUGCAGUAUACACUUCUGGGUUUGCCACAUUCGCAACCCGAAAAUCCGCAACAUGAACCUAACGCAACCAGAGGUAUGACUACUGAAAAAUGGCACUCCAUCUAAUAAUUUAUCAAAAUAUAACUACAAUAAAUCAAUCAGCGCAUAACAGCGUGGUCCUAAACUAACUAGGCCUUGGAAGCUGGAGUCCAUCCAAGCCCCCCCAGACCAAGUGACAUUGGUCUAAAUGGGAGAGUAGGUCUUUUAGGGUUUGCAACCAAAUGAUCUCUAGGCACCUUCAGCAGACUCUUUGCAGGUGGUUAUUAAGAACCCACUCUUCCAAACAAUCUUAGAAGCAGAAAUGUAUUUGAUGCUCCCACAAGGAAUUGCAAUUUUCUGUUCUAGUAGAGCUCAUUGAAUGCUUGAGGGCCUGAAAUCUUGGCCCCUUAGAAAAGUGGGUGGUAAUUAAAAUCAAAUUGUUCUUAUUUUUCAAUUGCCUCUGAGAGUAACAAAAUGUAUUUCUUUCAUAACAGUGUCCCGGGCAAGGGAGGCUGCUUUGGAUGCUCAGUUCCUAGUUUUGGCAUCAAAUCUAGGAAAGGAAAAAGCAAGCCAGUUGCACUCGGAGAUGUCAGUGUUUGAUCCAUCUGAGUUUGCUGAAGAUUUAGUAAGUUUGCAGCGAUCAGUUUUGAAGUAAUAUAAAGUUGCUAUGUUUAAGAGUUAUUAAAUAGGAGUUGGUUCCAUAAAUCACCAUCACCACUAUUUUUCCUGAAUACCUACUGCACAUUAGCAAAAUUAUUUCUUGUAUAGAUGUGAAAGGAAAUAACAACUUUAUGGUUGCAAGAUAAGCACAUUGUUGAGCACUUAUACGAAGGUCCCAAAUAUACAAAGGUCCCAAAUCCUGUAAUAUGAAAUGCAAGAUUCACAUAGCUGGGUAGGACAUACUCUGGGUUCAGAGGUAAUACAAAAUCAUGGGCUGUUUUGCCAAACCAUGGAGUUUUUUAAGUUUGUGAACAAAGACUGUUCACAAGCUGUGGCUUGUUUGGGACCAACAGACUGGGUUCUGAAACUGGUUUGUAAUACAAUUUGUGUUCAGUUCAGUUUAGGGCCGUUUAUUUGUUCCAAGAGUAUGUUACAUGACCAAGAACUUGUGAAAUUCGAGUUAUAAACAGAUGAGAGAAAUAAGCAAACAAGCAGCUUAAAACCGUUGUGUACAGCUAGAAAGACAAACUCUGGUGUGUUCUUAACUAUGGUUAACACAAACUAUAUCUGAACAGAGCCUCUGUGCUAAAGUCAAAAUAUAAAUAAAAAAUUUUCAGCAGCAUACUUUUGGUUAUGUGCAAAGAAAAGCUGACUUAGUUAUGCUUAAACUUCCUAAAUUAUGCAUAUUUUGCUUGUUUAUUUAGUCAGUAUUUUUAAUUUCUUAGUUAUGGAGAGGACCAAGAAACUAUGCAGGGUACUAGAGCUCUUUAAAAAAAUUUAGAAGCCAGAAUGAGAACUGAACACCAAGCAUUGCCCACAAAGCUUCUGCUACAGGAACGAGAAACAUGCUCCUUAUUUUUAACAUGACCUUUGGUUGGGGGCAACUAAACUCUGCCCAAUACCAUAUUCUCCAGUCUUGCCACAUUUGUAUGGAAUCCUACAAUUCUCACAGUAUUGUCAUGACCCAAGUUGCUUGCGGCAGUAAGUUAAAAUCUGUGUUAUAUUUCUAAAUUAACGUCUUACAUCAGGCAGGUGCCAGCGCUGUCACCAUUUGUUACUAGGUACCCUUUGUGGUUCAGUUGAGCCAAAUAAGGUUAUAUGUGCCAUGUUGCCAGGGUAUGUAGAAAGGAUAAGGGUCUCCCUUGUCUUCACUAAGCUGAUUACAUCUGCAGACAGGAAGCUGGUGGGAGCAGUUCCUGGUAGGGAAAAGAACCAGAAAGGGUUCUGCCUCUGUUGACUUGGAGUCACAGGUUGUAAUAGCUGGGACAGUGCAAAUGGUUCACAACCUGCUGCAGGUCCAGUGUGUGGCUAGAAUUGAAUAGCCCUCAGUUUUAAAAAUAAAACAUUGAUUUAUUUAUUUUUGAAGUUUAAGACUGUAAGGUAAGCCUGGCUGAGCCAGACGUAAGGAUUUUUUAAAUAUAGCAGUUUGCUAAAUUAGUAGCAAGUCUGUAGUAAGAUUAUGAGCGAUACAACUGGGGUUUGACCCUCUAUGUGCUUGGAAUGGCCUCUGAGCAUAAGAUUCUAUUAGAUUCAAUAGAAUCUCAUUUAAGUUUCUUUGUUAUUUCCCUUCAAAGUUCUGACAUAUUUAACUUGAUAUUCCAUUCACAUAUCUAUUUCUAGAAAGUGGAUUCAUAGUUUUUGGUGACGUACAUUUUUGCUACAGAUGGGAAAUGAUACUGCAGUGUGUUUCGUUCACAGUUAUCAUUUAUGGGUUUAAAUCGCCUGGAAAGAGAAAAUAGCGAUAGCGAAGAAGAGCAGGCUGAUGGUGGAUUUUUGCCUAGUGAUGCUUGGACUAAACUAGGUCAAGAAGCAAUGAAGUAUUUUAAAAGAGCACCCGUUUUCCAUUGCAUGUAAGUUUCUUUGAGGUUUCCUUCAACUUAACUGUGGCAUGAGAAGCCUUGCAGGAUUUACCCUGUAGAGAAGGGAUUGGCAAAAACCCUGUUCGAGUACAAACCUUUGCAGAGUGCUGUCUGAUCACAUAGCCAUGUGAACUCAACAUUUGGUCCUCCUUUUCUGUCAGUGGCUGCUGCUGAUCAUCUGGAGAUGGAGAGAAGCAGCAGCAGAGGCUUUUCACUGUCUUGUCCUUUCUGCCUUGCACCUUGAGGGGGUGCUGCACCAAAUGUAGACAGGAUGUUAACCAGGUAGCGCUGGAGAAAAGAGACUGAUGGCUUUUGGACUGCAGCUACCUUUAUUUUGAACUUUUCAGAAUGAGAAGAUAAAGUAGUAUUUCCUGUUUCUAUGCCCAGCUGCCAUGGUUGUUCUUUACACACAGCUGUUUUAUGAGGCCUUUUCUGUAUUCCUUGGACUAGGAAGCAUGUGUUCUCCAGAGAUAUGCUGGUACUCUGUCUUCACAAACCUGGACGUCAAUUUUACCUCUCCACAGGCAACUCAGUGACACUGAUUGCAAAAUUAAUCUCUCCAGAUUCAGCAUCAAAUUCUUUCGAAAUUUAUGUUUCCACACACUUGCUUGCAGGAAUCUUGAAUUCAAGAUUUAGAUUAGGUCUUUGAAAUGUUGCACAUUUCAUUUAGCUCAGUAUUGUUCCUCUAGCUCAGUACCACUGAUGCCAAUGGCUGUCCAAGGUUUUAGACAGGGAACAUUCCCAGCCCUACCUGGAGAUGCCAGGGACUUUCUACACGCAGAGCCGAUGUUCACCACUAAGCUAUGGCUCUCCCACCCCUCCAAAAAAUCAGGGACUUAACAAUAUUUUAUUUGGUUUAGGUUGGGCACUUUUACUGCUGAUCCUCCUGUCGAGAGGCCGCGAGUUGAGAGGCAACGAAAGAAGCCAGGAUCAAAAGAAGAAGGAAGGGCAAUGCCUGCACAGGUGUGUAUGUGUAGAAUCAUAGGACUGUGGAAUUGGAAGGGACCCAAGGGUCAUCUAGUCCAACCCACUGCAAUGCAAGUGUAAGCUACAUGGAGCUUAAGGGUGCAUGUUUAAGGCUGGAAAGAAUUGAUUGUAGUUCACAGUAUAGUGACAAAACAGGACUCAGGCAUAAAUACAUUGUUAUUUAUUUAUUAAAUUUCUGUACUGUUCUUCAUCCAAGCAUUACAGGGUGGUUUAGAAUAUAAAAAUACAAAUAUAUAACCUAGUAACUGUCAGUUUGCAUUGCUUAGUGCCGAAAGUACUGAUCUGAUAUGUAGAGAUCUUUCCUAGAAGCUUCUCUGUGUGAGAGAAGCAGGCAAAAGGGUCAUGAUUGUUUGGGUUAUACCUUCUGGGAAGCUGGUUUGAACUGGUUCUCUUAUCUUUUCCAAUUAAGGUCAUGCUGACUGUUAAUAUAGGUCAGAAGGAGACUGGGUUUCUCUUUCUCUCUUCCUUCUGGUGAGGUGUUCUGUACAUAGUAUGCUUGGUGUUAAGUUUUAGUCUUGUUAUAAGUUUAUAUUUUUUUGUAAGUGCUGCAAGUGGAUUUUUUGUGGACUGUGCCAGUCCUGAAUGUAUUUGAAUUGGUGACCAUUAGGCUCAUUUGCCUUCAGUGCAAAGCUCUGCUGGAUGAAGUACUAUUGCCUCUGAUCUAUUUUUGGGAACUCUGCUACUUGUUUUAAGGUUUUCCUCCACGUGUAUGACACUAACAAACAAAAAACACUGUCCCAGUUUAAAAGGCCAUAGAUUGUUCAAUUAGCCGAAGGCCUGGAAGAAGGGGAAUGUUUUCACCUUUUGCCUAAAAUAUAUAAUGAAAGCGCCCAGUGGACCUUCCUGGAGAUGUUGAUUGCUGGAGCGGGGUUAACAGCCCUUGAGCUGUUGCAGUCCUGAGACAUUUAAGGCUUUAUAGGUCAAAACCAGCACUUGGACCCAGAAACUAAUUGGCAGUCGGGCCAGCAUCGGCACUCUAUGCUCAAACCGUCUUGCCCCAGUGAGCAAAAAGUGGCUGCUGAAUUCUGCAUCAGCUGAAGUUUCCAUACUGUCUUCAGAGGCAGCGCCACGUAUCAUGUGUUGCAGGGUAAUCUAACCUAGAGGUUACCAAGAACAUAGAAGUUAGGCUGCUCCUUUCCAGAUAGGGGCACAGCUGGGCCACCAGCUAUAGCUGAUGGAAGGCACUACAUAUUACAUAUGUAGCCCACUUUUCUCAAAGAAACCUUAGGUGUAUGGGUCUUGACUAUUUUAUCCUCAAAAUAACCUUGCCAGAUAGGUUAAAUUGAGAGGUGGUGACUGGCCCAAAGUCACCCCAUGACUUUCUCGACAGUGUAGGAAUUUCAACCUCAUCUCUCCAACCACUCUGAAAUCACCAUAGCCAUAAGCAGGCAACAGAGGUACCUUUUGCAAAUUUAUAACCCAGUGUGAAAGGCUGCUUUUUGUUCAGAAGCACAGAACCAUCUUAUUAGAGCAGGGUGUGAUGUGAGGUUUUUUCCUACGUUGAUAUGAUGUGCAUUCAAGGAAAAAAAUGUAUUGUUGAAGUGGAAGGUAGCUUCUAAUACAGUGGAACCUCAGGUUGCAAAUGUGAUCCAUGCGGGAGGCACGAUCGCAAACUGCAGCGCCAAAAUCCUGUAACCUGAAGCGUCUGUAACCCGAGGUACCACUGUAUUGCAGUUUGUAAGCAGGCAUAAAACUCCUUUAAACCACCACUGAAAACUUGCUUUUCAAUUUGGUCUGUUAGUGAGCUCUCUGUAGUUCUCUCCCAAUAGUUUCCUUGUACAUUAGUAGUAUGACUUAAAAGUCAUGUCUCAGUUGGAACAUACAUUCCCCCCCCCCACCUUUGGGACACUGGAAUACUGCAGCUUGAGCAAAACUUCGACAUACCUAAAUGUUUAAGCUACACACUCACACUCUCUCUCUCUAUAUAUAUUACAGUUGUACCUUGGUUGGCGAACGGAAUCCAUUCCGGAAGUCCGUUUGACUUUUACAAAUAUUCAAAAACCAAGGCGCAGCGCGCCUUCCCGCUAUCCCCCACCUGUUUUGAAGGCUGGCGGUGGGGAGAAGCCCCACAAGCUCGAGGAACAGCGGGGAGGCGCCCAGGCUUAGCUUCGCGCAGCUCUCCGCAAGCCGUGGGAGCCCAGCGCUGGGCUCCCACGGCUUGCGGAGAUCUGCCUCUUCUGGGGGCUGGGGUCGGGGGAAGCUCGGGCUUCCCCCGCCCCAGCCCGGCGCCUGGGGAAAAAAUAAUUUCCCCCUUUAUUCCCCCAAAUUAGGUGCGUCCUAUAGGGCGAAAAAUACGGUAUCUACUUGUAUCUUGUAGAUAUUGAUGUAGAUCUUUCAUUUGACCUUAGGAGCGCACAAAAUAAUACAGCUGACUUUAAUAAGAGUUAUAGAAUUUUAAUUUCCUUGCCAUAAGUGCAAAAUAUUAUGGGGGAACUGGAGAAUGCUGAUUACAGUGCAGCUGCGUGAAUGAUAGCUUGCUGUCUUGUUGGGUUCUUUAGUUGAACAAAAUGGAAGAAUCUCAUGAGGAAGCUACAGAAAAAGAAGUAGAGAGGAUCUUGGGACUCUUACAAGCCUAUCACAGAGAAGAUCGUAAGUAUAAAUGGAACAUAUUGCGGGGUCCAGUUUCUCUCUUCUGCCUCCUUUAAGAAUAAGUGUGGAGGAGGAGGGGAAUGCAGCACUUAAUCCUUUUCUACUGAUGCGUGAAGGUACAACAUUGGAAAUUGAAAUGUCUGUGUCUAUAGCCUUGCUUUUUGUUACCUACUUAAUUUCUCAGGUGUUAUUUCUGGAAUCUUAUUCACCUAGUAAAUUGCUUUGCCACCAUCAAUUUUCAAGUGGUCCAUGAGGAAAAAAGUUUGGGGACCACUGCUCUCAAUCAAUGCAGGAUCUGCAAUGGAAAAGAGCAAAUAUGAAAUUAAAAUAGAUCUCUCCAGAAUUUUAGAUGUGCAUGAAUUGCUACCUAAUGAGAGUUUAAAGGAAGCAAGAGAGGAGGUAGAUAAGAGGUAGCUAAUUGUAGCAGUAACGACAAAGCCACAUUCUUCUUUCUGUAGCUAAUAAUCCAAUAUCCUUCCUUGAGUUUGUGACUGAUCCAGAUUCUUUUGCACGAACUGUGGAAAACAUGUUUCACGUUUCAUUCUUAAUAAGGGUAAGGAGAAACUUUUUGAAGCUUUAUUUUGUCACUAACAAGCUGGUUUUAUUUUCAUACUUCCAUGAUUGCCAUUGUUGUACUUAAUUUUCUUGGAGGCAGAAUUGCGAAGAAGCAGAGGACUUGCAAGUUUCUUUCUCACAGGGCUGUUAGUUAGCUAAUUCGCACCAUAGCCAUGUAUGAUUAACAAAUAGUUCAUAUGAACAUAACCUGAAAUUAGUCUUCCUUAACCUGCCUUGGAAUCCUCCAGAUGUUAGGCUACAACUCCUGCUGUUUCUGACCACUGGCUAUGCUGGUUGGAGCUGGUAGUCCAAAAUAGCAAGAAGGCACCGGCUGGAAAGACUUGAGUGAAAACGUUUGAGCCUAGUACCUGUGCUGUGUCAUUGAUAAUCCCAGCUACAGAACACCUCUAACUUUGUCCACGUUGAAAAUUUUGCACUUUAAAAAGUGGGCCAAGAGAACUCUAUGGAUCCUCCCCUCUGAUGUGCAAACUUUUACAUAAAUUUCUGCAUAGUUUCUCUGCUGGUUAUAACUGUUUAAACAACUUCUAUAAAAUGAAGCAUUUCCAAAAUUUGCUGUGUAAGCCUGGCUUAAAUCAAAGUUGUCAAAGUCAAUAAAAAAUAAAAAUAAACAGCUUAUAUUUAUGGGUUGCUGACAGAUGCAUGCAAUUCUUUACUGCAAUUUGUGUGUAAUUUUUGUGCGGGUGGGGAGGAACUGCGUGCUCCUGGUCCCAAUAUCCUGUUUGAUAUGUAAUCUUGAACCAUGUGUCUGAAUCUGCUUUCUCCCGAUCAUUAUAUGGGUUUAGAAUUCAAAACUUGAAAACCAUAGGGAACAUGGCCUGAUCCUUAAAAUCUUUUGAAAAAUGGGAAAUCCUGUCUUGUUCUCAGUAACCAUAGUUCAAACAAAUCUACUUUAAAAUGGGGAAUAAAAAAGGGAAUGGGGGUGCGGUGGGGACGACAAAUUAUUAUGAGGCUUCCUGUGGCUCAUUCUCGUAGCAGGAAAUCAUGAUUUCUCAUUAUGUCUGAACUUUGCAGGUGAAUGUCAAUUUUCAGAUUCUUGCAUAUAAGUUAAGCAUAUUUGAUUCUUGUUAGUAAUUAAAGUUGUUUCUCUUCUAGGAUGGACUUGCAGGGAUAAAGCUGGAUCAGGAUAAGCUUCCUGUAAUAGGCAAGAAUAAUUUUAAAGAUUUUUUUUUAAAAAAAACCAAACACUAAAGUUAACUAAACUUACAUACAUGUAUGUUUUACUUUGGAAUAUAUAUAUUUUUUCAUUUUCAAAAAACAUUUCAACAAUUUUCAACCUAUUUUGAUAGAGCCUUUGACGCCUGAAGAAGACAAUGACGAGGAUGCUCAAGCACGGAAACAAGCAGUCAUAACGAUGAGUUAUCAAGAAUGGGAGGUAAAUGGAAAUGUUAAAUAAGCGAAGUAGUCAGAGGAAGAAUAUUUUUAUUGGCCAGAGAUACAUGUUGGGUAACAAUUCUGCAAUUAUGGACCUCAUAUGUUUAAUGGAUGCUGGGAGAAAAGGCAGAGAGCUUAUUGUGAAUGUGCUUGUUAUAUACACAAGAGGAUGAAUUGAACUGAUAACAUUACAAUCAAACUCUUUGCUGCAGAAUAUUGUGAGGAAUUUUGAGAUUUCACAGCCCAUGAUUCCACCUGCCAGAAAGACUGGGACAUCAGAUGGAAACGGAGAGAAUGUAAGAUGCCUUUCAGGCAUAAAUCUUACCACAGAAUCAUUUUAUGCUAUUUCCAGUGUGAUUCUUCCCUUUAUGUACAGACUAGAGGCUACGCUGCUUGGUUGCUUUGCUUCCCUUCACUCGCCAACCCCAUUCCACUUAGACCUCCUCCUGCCUCUUCCGCUCAUGCUGCCCUCCUCACCCCAAAACCAUUUCAGCCUUUGCAUCAGAGUCCAAGGAGGAGGGAAGUGGUAGGCGUUGGCAGAGCAGAAUAGUUGCUGUACAGUUGCCUUGUCCUGCCUUCCUUUGCGACUUGCCUGAGCUGCCAGCCUCUGUCUCCCUCCUCCAUAUCCCUCACAUUCUCCCUCUGACACUGCUGAGGUUAAAAUGGCAUCAUUGGUGUGAGGUGGGCAAUGGCGGCAGCAGCAGAGUAAGGUUGUUGCUGGGGCACUUCACCAGCCUGUCUUGAUAGUACUUGCACGGUUCUCCUGGGUCACCCACCUACCUGUAUUUGCUACAUCCUCCCUCCUCUGCUUCCCUUCUACUUGCCCUCCAAAGCGGCUGUUGACCAGCAGCUCUCAUAAUUCUAUCGCCACCUAUCAGCAGCCAAGCGAACUGCACCAUUAUGACAGCCUUACUUUUUUAUUAUAUUUGAAGACAUAACAAAGCUUACUUUGUAGUGGUUUGUGUUCUAUUUAUUAUGCAGGCAUCCUAAGGAUCUAUAAGAAGACAGUGCUGACCAGUUCCCUGUUUGAAGUUUUCCAGGAGGAUGACAGAAUCCUUUUCUAUUUAAGGAUCAGAUAUUUGAAUAGGAGAAUCUCUGUCUCUCCAGGUGAUAACGUAUUAUAUAAUAAGUUUUAAAUUGAAGGUUCUGCCCUUCUGUAUGUCCGUUCUGUAAGUGAUGUUUUUACAUGUUUCAACUUCAUUCCAUUGAAGAUUUAGAAUGGCUCCAUCCCAGCUCUUUUUGAGGGAUGGUCCCAUUGUAAUCUGCACAGUGUUAAGUACAUGUUAAUUGCAAAUGAGCCUUUGGUAUAAAACAAAGAGAUUGGUGUUUGCUUAGCCACAUCAGAUUCUGAAUUCCAUCAUCUAUAUAUGAUGAUGGGGAGAAGGGAAAAAGUUUAGAAAUGGAAAGCUUAGAAGAGAGCAUGAUACAUGUAUCUUUCUGCAUGAUAAAACCUCCACAGCUGGCUGAAUGAGUGCAUCAAGGUCUGUUUCCAUUGAAACUGCUUCAAUAGCAAGUUUCCUGUACAUCUCAAAAUAGAUAUACAUAUGCAUUUGCGUUGUGCUCUAUGAAGGCUACUUCUGAUGAAGGGAAGAAGGAAGUGGCAUGUCCGAGAAACAACUCUGGGGGGGAUAUCGUUAUUUUUCUAAUGGCAGAGUUUGCAUGUAACGCAAAGCUCAAACUAUGGUUUGAACGAGCAAGCAUACUGGUGUGCAUUCAGAAAAUUGUGGCUGCUUUGCUCAUCCCCUGAUGACAUGGCUUGUCAUGCUACUUGAAGCUAAGCCAUGGUCAGACUUAGCAUUAUGUUGGAGCCUUGGCUCGUGGUUUGCUUCUCUUCAAGAAAAGCAUGAACCAGUAAGCUAAGGACAAGUCUUGGUUACAGCUUGUGGAGUGAAACAAGCAUGGUUUUCUAAACUUGUACCAAUGUGACUGAUAGUUUAUAAGCCAAAUUAUGACAUGCAAACAAAGUCAUAGAAUGUAAUAACAUGGAAGUUUGCUUUGAAAAAUUUUUUGUAUGUUACAUAUAUUGCUUAUAUUGUAGUGUAACUUAGUUGUCCUUCAGCCUAUAGUAGCCUCCCUUCCACAUGCAUACAACUACCCAUAUUUGUAGACAAAUGUGCCUUAAAGUCUAAAAGAAUCAAGAAGAUCCAUUUGGAUUAUCGGUUUUGGGGUAACCAUGUAUUCCUGGAGCUGCCUUGUUUUAUGGGCCACAGAACUUGCUGUCUUUUUAAAGAACUUUUAAAAGAACUAGUUGGUUUCAACUACAUGAAAAUCAAAGCAAAGUGAUAAUUCAAGAUUAUAUGAAAGGGGUCUUGGAACAGAAUACAAAGGCAUAGAUGUAAAACCAAAUUGUACUAUAUAUUAGAUUUGAAUUUAUGCAAUAUUUUUCUACAAACUGUGCUGAAAACAGUAAGAUACAACAGCCAUAACAAUUCAUUCAGAAAUAGAUUGGCAAGUAUUGUUUAUAAAUUGUACGGUUCAGUUUCCUUAUGUUAAGAAUAUUCAAUAAAACCACAAAUGCUGUAUCUCUUCU